AUGGUGGUUGCAGGGACGCCACAGAAAUAUGACCCAACCUUCAAAGGUCCCAUUCAUGACAGGAGCUGCACUGACAUCAUCUGCUGUAUCCUCCUUGUCGUCGCCAUUGUUGGCUAUGUCAUUGUGGGAAUCGUAGCAUGGACACACGGUGACCCCAGGAAGGUGAUUUACCCUACAGACAGUCGCGGGCAGUUCUGUGGCCAGCUGGGAACUCCCAAUGAGAACAAGCCUUUCCUGUUUUACUUCAACAUCAUCAAGUGCGCCAGCCCCUUGGUGCUGCUGGAGUUCCAGUGUCCGACCAAACAGAUCUGUGUGAAUAAGUGCCCAGACCAGUAUCUCACGUACCAGAAUGCCAGGAGACAAACCAAAGACUUUGAUUACUACAAGCAGUUCUGCGUCCCAGGGUUUAACAAUCCGCAGAAGAGCCUCCCAAAAGUGCUGGCGGAUGGAGACUGUCCGUCCAUGAUCACUCCCAGCAAACCCUUGGCACGCAGGUGUUUACCAGCAAUCAACACCAAGAAAGGGGUCAUCAUGGUUGGGAACGACACAACCUUUGAAGAUGGAAUGGGAAAACGAAGGAACGUGACAGAGCUGGUGGAGGGGGCCAAAAAAGCAAAUGUGGUUCUGGAAGCAAGACAACUGGCCAUGAAGAUCUUUGAAGAUUACACAGUUUCCUGGUACUGGAUAAUAAUAGGUCUCGUGAUUGCCAUGGUGUUCAGCUUAAUCUUCGUUGUCCUGCUUCGCUUCCUUGCUGCGAUCAUGAUCUGGGUGAUGAUUGUGCUGGUAAUCUUGGUGCUGGGAUACGGAAUCGUCCACUGUUACAUGGAAUAUGCCCGACUAAAAGGAGAAGAUGGCUCUGAUGUUUCCCUGAAGGACCUGGGAUUCCAGACGGAUCUUCGUGUCUAUCUCCACCUGAAGCAAACGUGGUUGGCCUUCAUGAUUAUCCUGUGCAUCAUGGAGGUGAUCAUCAUCCUGUUACUCAUCUUCCUCCGCAAGAGGAUCCUCAUUGCCAUUGCGCUCAUCAAGGAAGCCAGCAGGGCUAUUGGUUAUAUCAUGACGUCGCUGGUGUUUCCUCUGUGCACCUUCUUCCUGGUGUGUCUCUGCAUUGCUUACUGGGCCAGCACCGCUGUUUUCUUAUCUACUUCUAAUGAUGCUGUCUACAAGGUGUUUAACGAUACGUCUGAAUGUGAUUAUGCUGGGCAGACCUGCAUACCAGAGACAUUCAAUAUGACCAACAUCACCAAGAAGUGCCCAGAUGCCCGCUGCCUCUUCACGUUCUAUGGGGGCGUGACGGCCUACCACAAAUACCUCAUCGUCUUCCAGAUCUAUAAUGCCUUUAUGUUCUUCUGGCUGGCCAACUUUGUGAUUGCGCUGGGCCAGGUCACGCUAGCCGGAGCCUUUGCUUCCUACUAUUGGGCCUUCAAGAAACCCGAUGACAUGCCAGCUUUCCCCCUCUUCUCUUCCUUUGGCCGGGCACUCAGGUAUCACACUGGCUCGAUGGCCUUUGGGUCUCUGAUUCUUGCCAUUGUCCAGAUCAUCAGGGUCCUUCUGGAGUAUCUGGAUCACAGGCUGAAAGCUGCUGAGAAUAAGUUUGCCAAGUUCCUGCUGACCUGUCUCAAAUGCUGCUUCUGGUGCCUGGAAAAAUUUAUCAAGUUCCUGAACAGGAACGCAUACAUCAUGAUUGCCAUCUAUGGCACCAACUUCUGCACUUCAGCCAAGAAUGCAUUCUUCCUGCUCAUGAGGAACAUUAUCAGGGUGGCUGUUUUAGAUAAAGUCACAGAUUUUCUGCUCUUCCUUGGUAAACUCCUCAUCGUGGGAAGUGUUGGAAUCCUCGCCUUUUUCUUCUUCACUCAGCGGAUAGACGUGGUUCGGGACACUGCACCUCCUCUCAAUUACUAUUGGGUUCCUAUCCUGACUGUGAUCAUGGGCUCCUAUCUCAUUGCACAUGGAUUCUUCAGCGUCUAUGCCAUGUGUGUGGACACCCUCUUCCUCUGCUUCUUGGAAGACCUGGAACGUAACGAUGGUUCAUCUGAAAAGCCUUACUUCAUGUCGUCUGACCUGAAAAAACUUCUGAACAAGACAAACAAAGGUCACUCGGAUGCAUAGCAGCCUCCUCUUUCCUCACUGCUCUCUUCACUUCUAUUUGUCCCUUCCCAGUUUCCAUUUCAGGAGCAAAGCUGCAUGGAUAACAUACAGCAUUAAGUGCUAUUAGUCCAAUAUGCAAACCUUGCUAGUACUUUGUGAACUGCAGUAUCCUUUACUCAAAUUAAGAUGGACGGCUUUGGCUGUCAGCCUCUGCAUUGGCCACAAGCUUGUCCAGAGCAGUGGAAAUUGUUUCUGGAGAGCAUUUUUCUGGAUUUUCCUUCCUCAGAUAGAGAGAAGGGAUUAGUGUCAAUAGUUCUACGUAAGAUUGUUAGGCAUUGCUAAGUAAAAACUGAGGCCACUGCCCUAGUGGACAGGUAUGCACUACUGCAGAACUCAGCACUACUGGGACUUUGUUGGUCUCAGGAGAGAGAUGAAGAAAUAAUUGGUCAGUUUACAGCUGAGGCCCACUGAUGUAAGGUUAACUUGCCCUGCCUUUGUCCAUCUCCAUCUAUUUCAGAGACUGAAUUCAGUCUACAGGUGUGAAGCCAGCACCAAUCACAGAUUCACAGACACCAAAUGAAUUUUAAAAUAAAACUACUAAAUCUGUCACACCAGUAAAGCUAUAUCAUUACCUCCUCCAUUAACUUGCUAGAACAUCAUUGACAUAUUUGACUGCACUCAGAUACUACCAUGUUGGACACAUUAAUUACCUUAAUUGAUUGAGGAAUGCACCUACUAAUGCCUUGUCUUCAUGGAUGAUGGCAGGGACAGAAGAGAAACCUGCAGUGUUAAUCAAGCUGUAGAACUUGAACAGCAGAGGAAAUGCAAAAUACUCAGAUAAGCACUUGGUAGGGAGAUUGCGUGUCUGGAUAGUCAUUAGUAUUACUGAUGAAAGCUCUAUGUAUUUGUUUUGUCUCUUCAGUGCGAUUGACAGCCCAGGAGCGUGCUGCUUCUGUACCUUUAACUUGUUUGGUUUAUUGGAAAAAUCCAGCAUUAUAUGCAAAAACACAUUUGAAUGCAUGGGAAAGAAAGGAUGCUCACUGUUGCUUUAUAUAUAAGUGUGUAUGUGUAUGUAUAUAUAUAUAUAUAUAUAUAUAUAUAUAAUAUAUAUAUAUAAAAAGAGCUGGCUUAUGUAAAUGUAUUGUUAACUGUGGUGAAAGAAGCCAAAGGGUCAAACAAACUUGCCUCAGCGUUCUGAAAGCCACUGUAUUCUGUGACCUCCACCAUCUGAUGGGUGCACCUGCUGGGAAGCUCCAGUCCAAGAGCAGUUUCCACCUAGAGAAACACCAGCAAUAGGUGUGAGAGAAAAAGUGAGACUGGAAUGCCACUGAACAUUAGAAAGCCCAGUGUUGCAAAUUAAGUUAUCAGUCAUGUUAAGAAUCACUGUGGUUUCCUUUAAAUGGUCAUCUCUCUGACUGUGUCCAAUGUUGGCAAAACUGGUAAUGUACCACAGGUGCAACUCUGCCUCUGGUAGCAACAGUAGAAGCCGCAGAGUAGACAGGACUCAGUUUUCUACCAGUGAGCAGGGUUGGCCAGGAUGGUGGGAAAAAGGACAGGUGUCGGGCUGCAUUACAGCAUCCACCGUUGCUACUGCUAGUUGUGAAUCACAGGUUCUAUUUUCACUAGUGUAGAGGGGCCUUCUUGGGGAUAGGAAAGGUGGUCAACCUCAUGACUUUAUUAUUUUUAAUCUGCUUAAACAAAUUGAAAUGGGGCUAUUUGGAUGGUUUACAGCUUCCAAAUGAUGCAGGAGCACAGAGGUGCAAAGAGGCAUUGUGAGGUUAUCUGGACACUUUUAUUUUUUAAACAAAAAGGAACUCUUUAUUUCAAAUAUUUUAAUUUGGCCAGUUACUUGUAACAUUUAAUUUGUGCUAAAGGUUAUAUUUUACUUUUUUUAUACCUAUUUCUAGUAACCUUUUGAUCCUGUAGUAUUUUUUGUAAGAUAUGAGAAUUGUUUUAUAUCUAAAAUAUUAAAGGGUUUUUUGGUUUUGUA